CGUGCUACCAAAAUGGGUAAACCCCGUGGUAUCCGCACGGCGCGGAAACACGUGAACCAUCGCCGUGAGCAGCGAUGGGCUGACAAGGAUUACAAAAAAGCGCACAUGGGAACGAGGUGGAAGGCCAAUCCCUUCGGUGGUGCAUCUCACGCUAAGGGCAUCGUCCUGGAAAAAGUUGGUGUUGAGGCUAAGCAGCCCAACUCUGCCAUCCGCAAGUGCGUGAGGGUCCAACUGAUCAAGAACGGUAAGAAGGUGACAGCGUUCGUGCCCCGUGACGGUUGCCUCAACCACAUUGAAGAGAACGACGAAGUGCUAGUGGCGGGAUUCGGUCGUAAGGGCCACGCCGUCGGUGACAUUCCCGGAGUCCGAUUCAAGGUUGUCAAGGUCGCCAACGUUUCUCUUUUGGCUCUGUACAAGGAAAAGAAGGAGAGGCCACGAUCAUAGGAACCAUACACUGUGAUAGUGACCUGCUGCUGGGAAGUGGUCUUGUUUAUAAGUGUAAUUACAAAAAAAGAAAACCCAGUACAUGAAUAAACCUUGUGUACGCU